CCUCCUUCUCCCCCCCUCCCCCGGCAUGCCUCGCUCGGCUUGCUCGCUCGCUCGUUCCAACCCUUUCCCUGAUCCAAGUCAACGGGCACACGUGAGCCUUUAGAUGCUGGAGAUAUCGCUUCUAUGACCGCCGCCAAGCUCGAAAAGUUCAACAGCUCGGCAGACCUAAUAUCCCAAGCCUACAUGCAGCGUCCGAGUUUUCUCAAUCUUAGCCCGUCCACGGCUUAGGAUAUUUACUCGUAAUAAUACCUCCUCCCCGCCCCCUUUAUUUGCCGCCCUUAUCUUACAGCUGUCGCCUCGAACUCUUGGGUAGGAGCUCGCGGUACCAAGCGAAUGCCCGCUCCUCCGUUAUAAUAACCCUAUAUAUGUUAACCGUUCUUUGCUGUCGACAAAGUCAAUCGGGUUGGGCGAACAGGUGUCCUAGGCUUGCUGGGCAAAUUACAUAUCCUGAUUCGUACGGUGGUUGAGACGGCGCUGGGAAAGAAGACGAAAACCGCCCUCUGAGGGUGAGGCGUGCCAGGAUGGCCCACAACCCAGACUCCGAUCAACAUAAGCGGAAGCGGGACAUAUCCGACGACAAUGGCAGUCAAGCGCCGCACGCUGACCGCAUACCACAACCUCCUCCGCCCCAGUCAGUCCCUAUUAACUACCUAUCCAAAGCCCACUCGGUAAAGCUCAAACUCAUACAGGGCGACGGUGAAACCUUCUCGGACGUCCUCACUCUAGUCAACGAGUACGAGGGGGUGUUAAGUAGGCAUGAGAGCCUUGCUUCCAAUCUGGGCGCAAAACUAACGGGGAGCCGACUGCUUAAGGCGAUGGAAGGGGCCUUCGAAGGCACCAUAACGACUACGCCGCCACAAACGAUGUUCGGCCCCGAUCCCAUCACCUGGCUCGAUGUCGUCGAAUUCGCCAAAUCGAAACCCGCAGAAUUUGUCCUGACUCCCGCGCCCAACGGCACGCGCUACUGCCAAUUUACUCUGAAGGGCGCUCAGGUCGAGAUCGGGGAGGACGACUGGAGGCUAAUAGUUUCUGGCGCCCUCGAUAGAUUCCGACUAGUGCCGCCGCAGCCCCUGGAGGAAGACGAGACGGCCGAGCUAGCCACCCUCGAAAUUGUCGAGCAACGCUUGCAAGUCUUGAUCAAGAAAGCGGACGAGGUGGCGCGUAGGGCCCGCCAGCUCAACUACCACCUAAGCGGGCGAAAGGCAUCCAUACAGGCCCGUCGAACGUCGCAAUCCACUCCUGGCCCCAGCUUCCAGGCUGUCAACCAACCGAUCAGCUCGGGGACUAACCCGAGCUACGACUUACACGCGGAUCUACUCCAGCAGUUCCUCGCCCCUUCUCAAUCUUCCGGCCACCGGAUAUCUUCGGUAGGCUCCGUCCCGCCGACCCCAAAUAACAUGGGUACCGCGACACCGACACCGAGGGCGUCUAUACAACAAGCCCUCCUAGCCAGCAACAGGCCCUCACCAGGAUACCCUACCGAACCAGCAGUGAAGGAUGUCGAGGAGGAGAACCGCGCCUUGGUCACGGCAAAGAUCGAGAAGCUCGCGCGGGGGGAUGUUAUAAACCCCCCCUGCGACCGAUGCCGAAGACUCAGGACUCAGUGCGUCAAGCACUUGACCGCGUGCCAGGGAUGCACAAAGAAGCACGCUAGAUGCGUGUGGAAAGGGCUCACGGAGGAGGAGGUGGCGUGGCUUAAGGGGGAGGUGGGUGCGGGUGGAGGGGAUGGAGAGGAGGAGGGGGAUGAGCUGAGAGACGUGGGAAGAGGCGGGUUCGGGUCGGGAUCGCACCGCGACUUUGGGGAGCCACGGAGGGACUCGGAACGAAGCGACGAAGGCGGCCCGAGCCGGCCCGAGUCGAGGAUAGCGAUCGGCCGACUGGCAGAAGACGUGUGGAGAAAGGGACCCGAAUCGUCGACGAGCGGCCGACAGGCGCACGAGGCCAUGGACGUGGACCCGAGGGAGGGGCGGCAGGGGCAGGAAUACCCGAGAGGCGAGAUACCCAGCGGAGCGUAUAGAGAGCAGAAAUCCAUGCUCAGCCAUAUGGCGUCGGUCGCGUCGGCGGCGGCGGAUGCGGCAGCGGUUUCACGCGGGAACCAGCCGCAUCCGGAAUGACGGAGGCGGUAGCGAAUUCACGUUCACGGUUUGUUGUAUAUAGACGGGAAAGCCCGUGUCUAUAUGCAGAUUCCCCAGGUAGCUGUAUAUAUAUAUAUAUACUUGGCUAAUAUACUCAACUACGGCA